CCAGAGAGGACUGAGAGCGCAGGCGGAGGAGCGACACUCAGGAGCGGAGCAGCACAGGAGGAGAAACGCCUCCGAGCCUCUUUAACACACCGAAUCCCCCUUUAUUCUGUUUCAUAUAUAUAUAAAAGCUUCUGCUUCGGGGGAUCUGAUCCAGAGUCAGCUGUAGCGCAGUAAUCUGAGGGAGAAAACGGCCUCGUCUCGCUGUGAGCUUCUCGGGAAAUAACCACGGAGUUGUUUCGCUCCCCGGGCGCGCAGGCUUCUGCAUCGUGGCUCUGUCAGAAGUGGCAUGUUCGAGGGAUCCCGCGGACACGAUUGAACUCCUGCUUUCACCCAAAGAGGAUUCAAUGAAAAUGUCCGUGUGCGUCCAUGAGAACCGGAAAUCAAGAGCCAGCACCGGCUCUAUGAACAUCUACCUGUUCCACAAGUCCUCCUAUGCCGACAGUGUCCUCAUGCACCUCAACUCACUCCGGCAGCAGCGGCUUUUCACGGACGUCCUGCUUCAUGCCGGGAGCCGAUCCUUCCCCUGCCAUCGCGCCGUGCUGGCGGCCUGCAGCCGAUACUUUGAGGCCAUGUUCAGCGGUGGGCUGAGGGAGAGCCAGGCCAGUGAGGUCGACUUCCGUGACUCCAUCCAUCCGGAGGUUUUAGAGCUCCUGCUGGAUUACGCCUACUCGUCACGUGUGGUCAUCAAUGAGGAGAAUGCGGAGUCGCUGCUAGAGGCUGGGGACAUGCUGGAGUUUCAGGACAUCCGGGAUGCCUGUGCCGAAUUCCUAGAGAGAAACCUUCACCCGUCCAACUGCCUCGGCAUGCUGUUGUUGUCUGACGCCCACCAGUGCACCAAGCUGUCAGAGCUCUCCUGGGGCAUGUGCCUCAGCAACUUUCCCGCUAUUUGCAAGACGGAGGACUUCCUCCAACUGCCCAAAGAUAUGGUGGUGCAGCUUUUGUCACACGAGGAGCUUGAGACAGAAGACGAGAGACUGGUUUAUGAAGCGGCACUCAACUGGAUCAACUACGACCUGGAAAAGAGGCACUGCCACCUUCCAGAGCUCCUGAGAACGGUUCGCCUGGCGCUGCUGCCUGCCAUCUUUCUCAUGGAGAACGUGUCUACAGAGGAGCUGAUCAACGCCCAGGCCAAGAGCAAGGAGCUGGUGGAUGAGGCUAUCCGAUGCAAGCUGAAGAUCCUGCAGAACGAUGGCGUCGUCAACAGCCCGUGUGCACGACCAAGGAAAACCAGCCAUGCCCUCUUUCUCCUGGGCGGGCAGACUUUCAUGUGUGAUAAAUUGUACCUGGUGGACCAGAAAGCCAAAGAGAUCAUCCCCAAGGCUGACAUUCCCAGCCCCAGGAAGGAGUUCAGUGCCUGCGCCAUCGGCUGCAAGGUGUACAUCACUGGCGGAAGAGGCUCAGAAAAUGGUGUGUCCAAAGAUGUAUGGGUCUACGACACCGUCCACGAAGAAUGGUCAAAGGCAGCGCCCAUGCUCAUUGCCAGGUUUGGUCAUGGCUCUGCAGAGCUGAAGCACUGCCUCUACGUGGUCGGAGGUCACACCGCAGCAACUGGCUGCCUCCCGGCCUCCCCUUCUGUAUCACUCAAACAGGUGGAGCAGUUUGACCCGGUGGCAAACAAAUGGACCAUGGUAGCUCCUUUGAGAGAGGGUGUUAGCAACGCAGCGGUCGUCAGCGUCAAACUCAAGCUCUUUGCUUUCGGAGGAACCAGCGUCACACACGACAAGCUACCCAAGGUGCAGUGCUACGACCCGCAGGAGAACCGAUGGACUGUGCCGGCGUCCUGCCCGCAGCCGUGGCGCUACACAGCCGCCGCCGUGCUGGGAAACCAGAUCUUUGUCAUGGGCGGGGACACAGAGUUCUCAGCGUGCUCUGCUUAUAAAUUCAGCAGUGAGACUUACCAGUGGACUAAAGUGGGCGACGUGACAGCCAAGCGGAUGAGCUGCCAGGCUGUGGCGUCAGGGAACAAAUUGUAUGUGGUGGGUGGGUACUUUGGCACGCAGCGCUGUAAAACCUUGGACUGCUAUGACCCCACCUUGGAUGCUUGGAACAGCAUCACUACUGUGCCAUACUCGCUCAUUCCCACUGCUUUCGUCAGUACCUGGAAACAUCUGCCUGCCUGAGACCCAAAACCUUCAACCUGCAACCUUUCCCUGAGAUAUCCCUGUUUUUGCAUCAUCUACUGGACUCCCAACUGUGAAGAAGCACACGUCAUCUUCCUCCCCGAAAAGAGACACUGAGCAGCGAUGUACAGACACCCGCAUUCAUCUCGAUGUCGCAAGCGACGCGGAGCCAGGAAACACGUACGGCCGGACACUUUCGCUGGAAUGAUUGUCGCCUCUUGUUUCUGAGAAGGAAGCUGAGACACGCAGCAGCAGUCAGUCACGCAAAAAAACAAACCAAACAGAACCCGCCGCUUGUCAUGUGAGGCACGGACUCCCAACCCUUGUGUACGCGUGGCGUUCAAGUGCUUUCAUGCCGCCAUACGACGAUGCAAACCCGCAUUUUCCCCCUCCGUGUUGACGUCACAGGCUUGUGAGGAUUUGUAUUGAUGUUUUUUUUUCUUUCUCUCUAUGAUAAACAAGAAGAAAAACAAAAAAAAAAGUUAAUUUCAUUGAGACUGCAAUGUAUAGCAUGAUGGAUGUUUCUAUUUAGACCGAGGGAGGGAGGGAGAAUGCGAUGAUUGGGCGUGCUGACGAAACCGAACGCAGCUCAGAUUGACUGAGUAUAGCUGAUUUAUAUAUAUAUAUAUAUAUAAAAAAAGGCACAAUGAAGGAGCAAUCCUCCCCCUUCUCUCCUCUGACAGGCUCUUCUGUUUGACCCCUGCUAUCUUUUUCUUCUUCUUCUUUCAAAGACGUGCUCCCACACAGAACUGUCGAGUGUUUCCUCUUAUGAAGGCUUUGGCAGUUUUGCUGUCACUCGCGAGCCCACGAGGUGUUGACGACCAACACCAGCUGAGGUUGAGGAGGACUGAGGUUUUUCUGUGCGUGGCGUUUGGGGGGGUCCAAGGUCGCGACCCUACAUGUUUGCUGUUUUGCAGCUACGCAUUAACGCCCUCCUCCCUUCGCCGAGCGCCGGUUUUAACUAACCCACCUGUACGCGGUAUUCGGAUGCUGUCGCAAUUCAGCUGUACACUUAAUGCUGUAAGAGACCGGCUGUGCUUUCUGUUAUUCUAGUAAAAGAAAAAAGAAAAAAACGAAAAAAAAAAAGCCGCGGCUCGCUCGCUGAGUCAUAGCUGAACCCUUUCUAGAGCAUGUCCACUCAUAGUGAUUCAGUAAAACUGGCAUGAACUCUUCUCUGUGGUCGCAGGAAAUCUUGUCACCUUAACCUAAAACUGAGAAUCAAUCAGUUUUCUUGUUAAAAACUCGCUGCAAUGUAGUCUUAAUUUAUAUGACAAGGAUUUACUGUGUUAUGAUUAAUAUGUUUAAUCCUAUUUAUUUACUUUUACUCUGCCUGCAUUCUUAUGUGAAUGUAUGUUUGUUUCCGGUUGUGUCGUGCAUGGCCAGGUGUUGUGUUUUUUUUUUGUGUUUUUUUUUUAAUUUGAUCUCAGUCGGGCUGCAUUUUGCACAGUUCAGUCUUUUUCCCAGGAGGAGCUUGUUCUUUUUAAAAAAAAAAAAGAAAAAAAAAGAGACAGAGGUGCACCUCUCCCGGGGGUUUUUCAGGAAGAAUGGCUCGGAUUACUUGGUGGUGGACGCAGUUUAGGCCACGGGGUCGAGAGGGAGUUGAAAGAAAUUUAAAUUUUUGCUUCUUAUAAAUUCUCUUUCAGCUCCGACCUGGGUCCAAACCUGUCUUAAAUCACCCUGUUCCAACAAAACAAGAAGAUAUAGGAACCAUAAAGCUGAUAAGAGCGAUGCAGUUUGUGACCUAGUAACUGUUGGGGAGGUCGCUGAGUAACCCUGACAUGGUUAGGAAUGUCUUCGCAGCUGUCCUCGGGGGGGCAGCUGGGGGAACCGUCACAUGUGCUAACUCGGUUCCUCGGGGGUCGAUAACCAACGGUCUUUCUUCACCACCGCUGGGUCGAGAGUAGAGUUGAAUCCAGUAAGCUGUGCAUUGAAAAUAAAAUUGAAAAAAAGGGCAGACACCGCAGUGCUUUUUCACCAUAGUGUCAACGACGAGCAUUCAGAUAAAAGAGAAAGGAAAAGAAAAAAUCUAAAAGACCAAAAAGAGAGAAUGUCUUAAAACACUUGCGUACUUCGUAACUCUGAUAGGUGUUUUUUUGUUUUGUUUUUUUGUCCGUGCGUCCGUCUCGGUGACCUGAACAUUGACGUUUUUGCAAUUGAAUAUUAAUGGUAAUCAUUGAACUUCAAUGUAAGAGGUAAUGUUUCGGUGUUACAUGUGUGUAUAUAUAUAUAUUCUCUUUUUCUUUCCAAAAACAUCCGUCCUCGUGGUUUCAUGAAAAAUAAACAAACAACAAAAGAUCAAAUCCGUGGGGGUAGAAAUUGGCGAAACCGCUCUGUAAACUUCUUCUUACAGCCACACACACACACACACACACACACACAGUCCAUCUUUUUUAUUGGCAGUUUCAAGACUUCAAUGGAGACCCUUGUGGCUCCAUAGUGUUGACCUCCUCCGACCACCGAGCACAGAGCCCGUGGCCCCCCAACCAAUCAGACAACAGCGUUUCUGUCCCAUAGAAUCCAAGUCUCCCCGGCAACAGCGAGCACUGAAUGCCCCUUCAAUUUGCGCCUAAUUGCUGAGUGGCAUUUCCCAUUUCUACUCCUGCCCCUGUCCUCUUGUUUUAUCUGGAAAUCCAGUCCAGUGUCCCGCUUCACGUAACGAUGUAAAUGAGACAGAAUGAAAAAAAAAAAAGAAAAAAGAAAAAAGAUUGCUGUCUGUGUGUGCGCAUCAAUUUCAUCUUUUUCUUUUUCUUUUUGUCAUGUAAGAGUUUUAAUUUCUAUUUUUUAAUGGCAUUAUUUUGUACAUGUGAUUUUUUUCACAAUGUGAAAUUCAUGGCUAAUAAACAUAAGAGUUUUUUCCUCUUGACUGUAAA